UCAGUACUGGGCCGCCCCAGCGCGAUCAUGGCGGCGGAGCUGCAUCCGCGCAGCGGGAAGCUCAUCGGUCUGUCCAACUCGAACCGGACCGCGCAGCGGAACCAGCCCGUGCAGGAGUUUAACCACGGCCUGGUGCUCAGCCGGGAGCCGCUGCGGGACCGGGACGUCUUCACAGUUCGGAUUGACAAGAAGGUGAACUCGUGGAGUGGAUCUAUAGAAAUCGGCGUGACCGCUCUAGACCCAGCUGCUCUGGACUUUCCCAGCAGUGCCACCGGACUAAAGGGCGGGUCCUGGAUCGUGUCGGGCUGUUCGGUGCUGAAGGACGGGCGCUCGGUGCUGGAGGAGUACGGCCGUGACCUGGACCAGCUGGGGGAGGGGGACCGUGUGGGGAUCCAGCGUAACGGACGCGGGGAGCUGCACCUGUGGGUGAACGGGCAGGACUGCGGCACCGCGGCCAGCGGCCUGCCCUCACGCCUGUGGGCGGUGGUGGACCUGUACGGGAAGUGCACUCAGAUCACGGUGGUCAGUUGUGAGCCGCCGCCGAACACGGAGGGGGAGGAAUGUGAGGAAGACAAGGAGGAGCGGGAGGAAGAGGCGGCGCCGGCGUCUCCGGGGGCUCUUAUGACGGAGGCCUGCCGGGAUCAUGAGGAACGGACUGGAGCUCUGGCGCUGCCCACUGUUCCUGCUCUGGCUGCGGUGAUGAACGGCUCAGCUGAGGAAGUGCCUGAAGUAACGGGGGGACAUAGCCGACCGGACAAAUUCCCCAACAACUUGGAGUCAGAUACUGUCCUUACGGAGCACCAGUUGUUUGAUGUGUUCAACAAUGCCAUUGUCUCGCUGUAUCGUUCGGAAGGUGAGGGUGGAGAAGACUUGGGGAUAAAUGGAGUUGGAGGAAGUUCCGACUCCUCCAGAGGUGGGACUGGAAGUAGUAAUGGAGCCAGAGGAACGGGAACGGGAAACGACAGUGGCAUCGGAGGCGGUGCUGAAGGCGGGAGCAGCACAAACAACAGUCCGUCAGGAAGUUCAGGGGGCACAGCAGGGAUACCAAUGGGCAGCGGUGGCAUGACCACCAACGACGCACUGCUGUUUCACGAGAAAUGUGGAACAUUGAUUAAACUGAGCAACAACAACAAAACAGCUGAGAGAAGGCGGCCGCUGGACGAGUUUAAUAACGGAGUGGUCAUGACCAACCGUCCACUGAGGCACAACGAGAUGUUUGAGAUCCGCAUUGAUAAACUGGUGGAUAAAUGGUCAGGAUCCAUUGAGAUUGGAGUAACAACCCACAACCCUAAUAAUCUGGACUACCCAGCAACCAUGACCAACUUACGCUCAGGUACAAUCAUGAUGAGCGGCUGUGGGAUUUUGACCAAUGGAAAGGGGACGCGUAGGGAGUACUGUGAAUUCAGUCUGGAUGAGCUUCAGGAAGGGGAUCAUAUAGGGCUGAUGAGGAAAGCCAGCGGAGCAUUGCACUUCUACAUUAAUGGCAUAGAUCAAGGUGUGGCUGCUAAUCAGACCCCCGGGGUGGUAUAUGGGGUGGUGGAUCUGUACGGAAUGGCCGUUAAAGUGACCAUCGUCCACAAUCACAACCACAGUGACCGUUUACGUCGGAACAACGCCAUCAUGAGGGCGCUGUCGCCUGACGUCGGCCGGCCUCGCCCUGCCCUCUCGUUGACCCCCGACCCUGAAGCCCCGGACCGCUUGCUCUUCCAUCCAAACUGCGGCCAGAAGGCAGCUAUCAUCGGUGACGGCAGGACUGCACUGAGACCUCACGCAACGGAUGACUUUAAUCAUGGGGUGGUGCUGAGCAACCGUCCUCUUCAUUCCAACGAAGUGUUCCAGGUGCGCAUUGACAAAAUGGUGGACAAGUGGGCGGGGUCUAUCGAAAUUGGAGUAACGACACACAAUCCUGCCUACCUGCAGCUACCCUCCACCAUGACCAACCUGCGCUCAGGGACGUGGAUGAUGACAGGCAAUGGAGUCAUGCACAACGGAACAACAAUACUGGAUGAAUAUGGACAUAACUUGGACAGAUUAAAAGCUGGAGAUACCGUGGGCGUAGUGCGGAAGGAUGACGGCAGCCUGCACUUCUUUGUGAAUGGAGUUCCUCAGGGGCCUGCAGCCUGGAACGUGCCACCAAGUGUGUACGCUGUGGUGGAUCUAUAUGGACAGGCGGCCCAAGCAACCAUCAUGGACGAUAUGGCUGAUCUCCCUCCUCUCCCAGACGAUAGUUCUGAAGGGCCGAUGGCCAUGUCCCCGGGCAGCCCCUGUUCAGUCACCGGGGCCAGUGCAGCCAGUGACCUGCGCUUCCAUCAGCUGCACGGCACUAACGCGGUCAUCACUAACGGCGGCCGUACCGCACUCCGGCAGAACUGCCGCAGUGAGUUCAACGAUGCCAUCGUGAUCUCCAACAGGUGCCUUCGUGAUGGAGAGUUAUUUGAGAUUGUAAUUCAGAAGAUGGUGGACCGCUGGUCCGGCUCCAUAGAGGCGGGAGUGACUGCAAUCAGACCUGAGGAGCUGGAGUUCCCCAACACCAUGACUGACAUCGACUACGACACCUGGAUGCUGAGUGGCACGGCAAUCAUGCAGGACGGGAACACCAUGCGGAACAACUACGGCUGUGAUCUGGACUCCCUCAGCACCGGCUCCAGGAUCGGCAUGAUGAGGACGGCCUCUGGAGAUCUGCACUACUACAUAAACGGAGUGGAUCAGGGAGUGGCUUGUACUGGACUGCCACCAGGUAAAGAGGUGUAUGCAGUGAUUGAUUUGUAUGGCCAGUGCGUGCAGGUGUCCAUUACUAGCUCAUCCGGCCCUCUGGACAAUAGCCUGUGUACCAGUAAUAUCACAGAAAAGAGUUUUCCCAUACACUCGCCAGGUAGUGUGCCUAUGGUGGCAGGUGUUGCUCAUCGCCUGCACAGCAAACAUGGGAAGAAUGUGGUGUUACUGGGAGAUGGUUGUCAGGCAGUCAGGGUGGGAGGUUACGCUCACGGAAUCGUCUUCAGUGCGAAGGAGCUCAAGACUGAUGAACUGUUCGAGGUGAAGAUCAAUGAGGUGGAUGAGCAGUGGUCUGGCUCGCUGCGCAUCGGCCUGACGACCCUGCAGCCCCCUGACCUGCCCUCCUGUCCCCUCAGCGGCCUCUCGCCCUCCCUCACUCAGCUCAGGUCCAAGGUCACCUGGCUGCUUGCUGGUUCUGAGGUCAGGCGGAACGGCGUGCUGCAGAGACAGAACUACAGCUGCUCACUGGACCGACUGACGGUGGGGAAUCGUGUGGGCGUGAAGAGAUGCAGUGAUGACACCAUGCACAUCUUCAUUGACGGAGAGGAUAUGGGGCCAGCAGCUACUGCUGUGGCUAAGAAUGUGUAUGCAGUGCUGGAUCUGUAUGGGAAGGUGACCGCCCUGUCCAUCGUCAGCUCUACGGUAGUGGAAGACGUGGAGAGCGUGAAGGCUCCGUCGCUCUCCUCCGACAGCUGCAGUGAGGGAGAGGAGGACACCACGCCGUGUGAGAACGAGCCCGCCCUGGUGCCCAUGUCCAUGACCUUUCUGGAGAAUCAUGGGAAGAAUAUCCAGCUGUCCAAUCAGAACCUUACUGCAGCUCGAGUGUCCAGCUAUAACCAAGGCCUGCUGGUCACAGCACAAGCUCUCCCCCGCCAGCAGCUUUUCCAGUUUCAGAUAGACAGGCUGAACUCAUCCUGGACGUCGUCUUUGUCUCUGGGUGUAAUCGGUCACUCACCUGAUCGCCUCAACUUCCCCUCCACGGCCUGCUGCCUUAAACGCUCCGUCUGGCUGCUGCAGCGAGACUCCGUCUUCCACAACUCGCUCAAGAUCUGUGAGAACUAUGGGCCUAACCUGGACACGUGUCCUGAAGGGACAGUGCUUGGGGUUCUGGUGGACGGUAAUGGCUGUCUCCACUUGUACGUGAAUGGGAUGGAUCAGGGAGUGGCAGCCCAGGACAUUCCAAGCCCCUGCUUCCCUCUCAUAGACCUUUACGGACAGUGUGAGCAGGUUACAAUAGUGACCAAUCACGUACCGGCAGUGGGAGCGGAGAGCAGUGAUGCUCGGUGCCAGGGAGAUAUGGAGAAGGCUGACAUGGUGGACGGUAUAAAGGAAAGUGUAUGCUGGACUCCUCCUCCUGAAGUCAACCCCAAUAAAACCUGCGAGUACCAAGCGCUCUGCUCUCGGUUCAAGGAGCUGCUCACACUCCCUGAUGGUUACUUUAAUGAGGAUGCCAAGUAUAACCUCUGCUACUGUGAGUCCUGUCAUAAGCUCCGUGGUGACGAGGCGUACUACAAGCGCGGCGAGCCACCCAGGGACUAUGCUCUGCCGUUCGGCUGGUGCCGCUUUGCCCUGCGGAUCAAGCCACACUGUGAGGUAUCAAAUACCUUUAAGAAGUGGCACAUUGCAUAUCAUGGCACAAGUGUGGGCUCUCUUCGCCGUGCGCUGGACCACAGCCAGAUCCUAACAGCAGAGUCGUCCUCAGUGUUCUCGGCACCCCCGGUGAAGGUGGAGGGUCAUGGCAGCUAUGGAGAACCAGAAGAGAACAGCGCACCAGAGCGAGAAAUCCCCCGCGUUCGCCUCUCGCCCACAAUGCGCUACUCUGGUCUGGAGGUCUUUGCCCCUAAAGUGCAAUUUCGAGACCCUCGCUCUCUGCGCUGUCACAACGCCCAGGUGGGCUUCCAGGUGUGCGUGCGCCCGGGCUCCUACAAGGUGGGCCCUCAGUCGCUGGGCGUCAGCGAGCCGCUGGAUCCCAGAUUCAGCAACACUGAGAUCGAGUGGAUCACCAAGGAGAAGGGCGGCACCCUGCUGUACGGCCUGCUGAUCCGUGUGGAGUGAGCAGAGAGAGAGAGAGAGAGAGAGAGAGAGAGAGCACCUCCUCCACUUUCCACCUUCUUCCCCAGUAUGAAUUAUUAUUCUGCAUAUCACCUCCCACUCACUGUUCAGCCUCGGGCUGUAGCUCCUCCUCCCUUCCCUCUUCAGAGCGCGUUCAGAGAGUUCAUACCGGAGGAUGGCGUGACCUUCUCCUGCGGUCUGGAGCUUCACUCCUCUCUCAAGGCUUUUAUUUCUCGUAUUUUACUUGAGGUUGUUGAGGUCGAUUUGAGUUAGUCUGUGUUCACACAGCGGGUGAAAGUGGUCCAAAUCCAAAUUUCUUACCCAUUCUGAUGUUUAUUUUAGUCUGUUCACACUAUAUAUUUUCUGAACCUACUAACUGAAACCUUUACUCACUGCUGUUGUCCAUUUUCACAUCUACUUACGUCCAUUUUUCCUCUGCUUGACGUAAUCUAGGGGUGGGGACGAUACAAUAUCACGAUACAUUGCCCAUGAUGCGGUACUCUGUGAUACUCGAUAUACAGCUCUGGAAAAAAUAAAGAGAGCACUUCAGUUUCUGAAUCAGUUUCUCUGAUUUUGCUAUUUAUAGGUUUAUGUUUGAGUAAAAUGAACAUUGUUGUUUUAUUCUAUAAACUACAGACAACAUUUCUCCCAAAUUCCAAAUAAAAAUAUUGUCAUUUAGAGCAUUUAUUUGCUAAAAAAAUAAGAAAAAAGAUGCAGAGCUUUCAGAUCAGAAAAAAAGUUCAUAUUCAUAAAGUUUUAAGAGUUCAGAAAUAAUCAAUAUUUGGUGGAAUAACCCUGGUGGUUUUUAAUCACAGUUUUUUCAUGCAUCUUGGCAUCAUGUUCUCCUCCACCAGUCUUACACACUGCUUUUGGAUAACUUUAUGCUGCUUUACUCCUGGUGCAAAAAUUCAAGCAGUUCAGUUUGGUUUGAUGGCUUGUGAUCAUCCAUCUUUAAAUUUGGUAAAAUCAAGGAAAAACAUCAUCAUUAAAUGGUCUCUUAUUUUUUUCCAGAGAUGUGUAUAUCAAUAUACAAUUCUCUACAAUACUUUACAGAAUUUGUUACUGAAGAGGAUAAAAUACUAAUACUAAUAUCAGCAAAUACCAGAAAUUAUGGAAUUGUUUAUUGGUGUCAGUUUCAUAGAAUUUAACAACCAGUAUUCUUUACCGCAGGUUUAUUAACCCUAUUUGUUUGAUUAUAGCGCCACCAUGUGGAGUAAUAAAGCAGUACCUUUAGUUAAUAAUGCAAUUCUUAGGGAGCGCUUGGCUAUGUUUCAAUACAAAUUAGCGAUACUAUACAUAUCACAAAACAGGGGAUACAAUUUAAUCAAUUCAUAUCGUGAUUUAUUGCAAUUGUUUAAAAUUGUUUUAAAACUGUUAUAGUAUAAAAAUAGUGCAAGACUUCAACAGAAACUGAGCCACUUCUGACACCAAUCUUUAUAUGUAAUCUAACAAUUAAAUAUCCAUACUCGGUUUCUGAAAAUUGAUAAGGUAUUGCAAAUCAAAAUAUUGCUAUACUUCGAUAUAAAUCAUAAUUUUUUACACCUCUUAUACAAAUAUCGAUAUUUAAAGCCACAGUCACAAUAUAUCGGGAUAUUGAUAUGUCCUCCCACCCAAAGGUUUUGUGCCACGGAUUUGGGCCACUUAUACCCGCUCUGUGAACGUAGCCUUAUAGACACUUCCUGCACUUUAUGUUAGCGGAAUGGCGGUGGAUGACUUUUUGAUAUAUUUUUUUUGUUUGUUUGUUUCUUUUAUUUUAUUUUAAAGAUAUUUGCCUCUUCAUUUACCUGGUUUCUAGAGCGGACGUUAUUGGUUUCUCCUGUUAUCUAUCCUGUUGGAAAUAGGUAGUUUCAGGAUUUACCUCCUGAAACGCCUUCUAUCUAUCUUUCUAUCUCUCCCUCUAUUUCUCUAUCUCUCUGCCGAUCACUCUGUUUAUUCGUUAGUGAAGGACGAACCCUCACUUCUCUCGAGUUUAAGAUGGACUGAGCAAACACAAACCACCUCUUCGUAUAGCACAGCCCUGGAUCCUGUGAAACAACAUUUUUUAAAAACUUUUGCAAGGGACAAAAUCGACCUGCAGACUGACGACCCCUGUUAACAAACAAGCAAACAAACAAAUAAAACAACAAACAAACAAAAAAGAAGAAGAAGAAGAAGAAAAAAAAAAUGUUGUAAACAGUGACUCAAAAAUGGAAAAAAGACUUGAAGAAACUAGAAGAUCAGGAAGAGACUUAAUAUCAAGACUACAGCAGUCUGUGAUUUUAGUUUUUGCUGAUUUAUUUUCUGUUUUUUUGUUUUUUUUCUCACUUUUUUGGUUUUUCGGUUCCACUUCGCACAAGCUGGCUGUUAAAUCCGUGUAUUUACACAUUAAAAC